AUCCGUUAUGCUUUGUUGGUUCCGAGGCCGAAAAGCCAUAAACAACAAUGAAGGAAUGAAUUGUGAAAGGGUCAUUUUAUUAUCAAAAGCAAUAUAUAUUCUCUAUUUUAUGUUCAAAAUCGGUUGAAUACCUUUGCCAAACUCUGAGACUGUGGGAAUCAAAUCAACCAAGGAGAAUCGUCGCCGCCGGAUUCAGAUACUUAAAUUGUUCGGAAUAUCGGAAUCGGAACUUCCGAUUUUCCGCCAUUUCUACCUAAAGCAAUGGCAGCGAUUUGCUCUCACUCCACUGUUCGAUCGGAUAAAAACUCCUUCUCUACUCACUUCUACUCCAGUAGGUCUCUUCGACGAUCGGUGAAGUUUUUCGGCGAGGUUUCAGGCUUUUCUGUCGCUUCUCCGCCGCCGUUUCCUGCUCGUUUUCCUUCAAUCUCUUGUCAGACUUCUGCAACUUCCCCUCCUUCCGUCGUAGCUAAAGUGAAAGCAGAGAAGAAGGAUUUCCUUCACCUCAGUGAUUUUGAUAAAUCCACCCUCUUGAAGAUCUUAGACCGUGCAAUUGAAGUUAAGGCGCAACUGAAAUCUGGUGAUAGGACAUUUCUCCCAUUUAAAGGGAAGACCAUGGCUAUGAUCUUUGCAAAACCAUCCAUGAGAACCAGAGUUUCCUUUGAGACUGGUUUCUUCUUGCUAGGGGGCCAUGCCAUAUAUUUAGGGCCUGACACUAUCCAAAUGGGAAAAAGAGAGGAAACUAGGGAUAUUGCUCGUGUUUUGUCUCGCUAUAAUGAUGUUAUCAUGGCUCGUGUUUUUGGGCAUCAGGAUAUUCUUGAUUUAGCUAAAUAUUCCACCGUGCCUGUAAUAAACGGCCUGACGGAUUACAACCAUCCUUGUCAAGUAAUGGCUGAUGCACUCACUAUGAUUGAGCAUAUUGGCAAGUUAGAAGGAACUAAGGUUGUGUAUGUUGGAGAUGGAAAUAACAUGGUGCACUCAUGGUUGUUGUUGGCAUCAGUUGUACCCCUCCACUUCGUUUGCGCCUGUCCUAAAGGUUUUGAGCCAGAUAAGAUUACAGUUGAAAAGGCCCGGCAAGCUGGAGUCAGCAAGAUUGAGAUUACCCAUGAUCCCAAGGAAGCAGUGAAAGGCGCUGAUGUUGUGUACUCAGAUGUUUGGGCCAGCAUGGGACAAAAAGAGGAGGCUGAAUAUCGCCGUCAAGUGUUUCAAGGCUUCCAGGUUAACGAAGAGCUGAUGAACUUAGCAGGUUCAAAGGCUUAUUUCAUGCAUUGCCUGCCAGCAGAGAGAGGGGUAGAGGUGACAGAUGGUGUAAUUGAGGCUCCCAACUCCAUUGUUUUUCCUCAAGCAGAGAAUCGAAUGCACGCACAGAAUGCUAUAAUGCUUCAUGUUCUUGGCUUAUGAUUGUGUCAGCAUCUAAUAAUGGAAUAUGCCAAUUCAUAUUUCAAUAAUAGUAAUGCCAAAGUUGGCCUGUGAUUCUGUACCUUUUCGUAUUGUUUCUUCUGUUUCGUGCACACAACCUAAACCCACUUUUUGCAGUACACUCAACUUUUGCAGUUAGAAUUUGUCACGAGCCUCCAGCUCCUGUCGGCA